AUUUCCAGAUGUGUCUUCCUCACUUAGCUUCUUCACCACCUGCACAGCGAAACGCCAUAUCUCUCUCUCCCUCGCAUGCUCGUCUCUCCCGCACAACCACCACACCUCUCUCUCUCUCUCUCUCUCUCUCUCUCCUGUCUUCGGGCGACGUCGCCCCGUCUCCUUCAUUCGAUUGAUCGGCCGGUGACAUGAACAGCACCUCCGAUUACGUCGACCCGGCGCAGAACACGGGAGGGUUCGCGUACGGCAUCGGGCUCUCCCUCGGCGUCCUCGCCCUCAUCGUCCUCUUCACCCUCACCUCCUACCUCUGCACCCGCGUCCGCGUCCCGCCGCCGCAGCACCCCAGGAGCCACUCCUUCGCCGCGUGGGAGGACGGCGGCUACUCGAUCGGGAUCACGCUGGGGCUCGACGAGGCCACGCUGGGGAGCUUCCCGAAGCUCCUCUACUCUCAGGCGAAGGCCGCUCGUGGCGGUGGCAGCUCGGCCGCGAGCCCGAGCUGCUGCUCGAUUUGCUUGUCGGAGUACAAGGAGACCGACGUGCUGAGGCUGUUGCCGGAUUGUGGGCAUUACUUCCAUUCGAAGUGCGUCGACCCGUGGUUGAGAAUGAACCCGUCGUGUCCAAAUUGCAGGACCUCGCCAGUCCCGACUCCGGUCGGGACGCCUCUAGCCGAGGUCGCACCGCUGGCGGCGUUGCGGCGGUGAUGCAGGGUGGAAUUGCGGCGGAGCUUGUAGAAUCAAAGAAAGCCACUGUAAGUGCAGCAAAAGUACACGUCGGACAACAGUGUCAGGUCAUCCAUGGACAAAUGUUUGCAAUGGGCAUUUAGGUUUUUGCAGUAAAUAAAUUCUCAUCAAUUUUACCCACCAUAUACAUUUGUUGAUCUGAAAGGGACAUGUCCUAUCUAUACAUACCAAGGUGACAUGAUAAUUUCGGUUUUGUUGCUCUCUUGAUUAUAGAUUUGUAUGUUAAUAGCGGGUCUAUGGACUUCCAAGUCAUAUAUGUAGACGACCUUUUGGAGUUAAAGAGCCUGUCUCGUGCUUCCUGGAUUCA